GGGAGCUUAGCUUGGAAUUCCCAAGCUUUGGAGAUGUGAUUCCCCCAAAAGUUUAGACGGUGAAUGGGAGAUUGAAGGGUGACGGAAGUGGGCAGGCGCUCCUAAGAUGCUCUAACAGGGCGUGCGGCGGCAGGAUUUUUAAAUCGCUCUGCCUGGGAUUGCCUGGCCUGAGUGACCUCCUGGACCUGCCCUGGCUGAAUCUGGACUUACUCGGCCAAGAAGCCCAGGAAGAAUUCUGCUACAGGGCUGAAUUCAAGGACAUGAAUUUUUGACCUCAUCCCAACAUCAGAACCUCAGACGGCAUUCUCAUUUAUUUGCAAGCCAACUUUAUGUGGGAAUAAACUUGAACGGAGGAUCUGUUGGAAAUUCACUGUGAAGUUCAAAUCAAGAAAACUUGCUGAAAUCCCCAAAGCCUUCCUCCAUGGGCCCUGAUGGUAGCUUCCAGAAGGUGCAGCCUCAGGUGGUCCCCCUUCUUCUGUGGCGAGAAUAAACUUUGGGUCGCUGAUUGCAAUACCACCUGCGGAGAAAAUGGUUUUGGAGGGAAAGCGCUCUGCCUCUUGCCCUUGUUUCUUCCUCUUGACUGCCAAGUUCUACUGGAUCCUCACAAUGAUGCAAAGAACUCACAGCCAGGAGUAUGCCCAUUCCAUCCGCAUGGAUGGGGACAUCAUUUUGGGGGGUCUUUUUCCUGUUCAUGCCAAGGGAGAAAGAGGGGUGCCUUGCGGGGACCUGAAGAAGGAAAAGGGUAUCCACAGACUUGAAGCCAUGCUUUAUGCAAUCGACCAGAUUAACAAGGACCCUGAUCUCCUCUCCAACAUCACUCUGGGUGUCCGGAUCCUCGACACGUGUUCCAGGGACACCUAUGCUUUGGAGCAGUCACUAACUUUCGUGCAGGCACUGAUAGAGAAAGACGCAUCUGACGUGAAGUGUGCUAAUGGAGACCCACCCAUAUUCACCAAGCCUGACAAGAUUUCUGGUGUCAUAGGUGCUGCAGCAAGCUCCGUGUCCAUCAUGGUGGCUAACAUUUUAAGACUUUUUAAGAUACCUCAGAUUAGCUAUGCAUCUACAGCCCCAGAGCUAAGUGACAACACCAGGUAUGAUUUCUUUUCUCGGGUGGUACCGCCUGACUCCUACCAAGCCCAAGCCAUGGUGGACAUUGUGACGGCCCUGGGAUGGAAUUAUGUGUCAACACUGGCUUCCGAGGGGAACUAUGGAGAGAGUGGUGUUGAGGCCUUCACUCAAAUCUCAAGGGAGAUUGGUGGUGUUUGCAUUGCUCAAUCACAGAAAAUCCCACGUGAACCAAGACCUGGAGAAUUCGAAAAAAUUAUCAAACGCCUGCUGGAGACACCUAACGCUCGCGCAGUGAUUAUGUUUGCCAACGAGGAUGACAUCAGGAGGAUAUUGGAAGCAGCAAAAAAACUAAACCAGAGCGGGCAUUUUCUAUGGAUUGGCUCAGAUAGUUGGGGAUCUAAAAUAGCACCUGUCUAUCAGCAGGAGGAGAUCGCCGAAGGAGCUGUGACAAUUUUGCCUAAAAGAGCAUCAAUUGAUGGGUUUGACCGAUACUUUAGAAGCCGAACUCUUGCCAAUAAUCGAAGAAAUGUGUGGUUUGCAGAAUUUUGGGAGGAGAAUUUUGGAUGCAAACUAGGAUCACAUGGGAAGAGGAACAGUCACAUAAAGAAAUGCACAGGACUGGAGCGAAUUGCACGGGAUUCAUCUUACGAACAAGAAGGAAAGGUUCAAUUUGUAAUUGAUGCAGUGUAUUCCAUGGCUUAUGCACUGCACAACAUGCACAAAGAACUCUGCCCUGGUUACAUAGGCCUUUGCCCAAGGAUGGUUACCAUCGAUGGGAAAGAGCUACUGGGUUACAUCAGGGCCGUGAAUUUUAAUGGCAGUGCUGGUACACCUGUCACUUUUAAUGAAAAUGGAGAUGCUCCGGGACGCUAUGAUAUCUUCCAGUAUCAGAUAAACAACAAAAGUACAGAAUACAAAAUCAUCGGCCACUGGACCAAUCAACUUCACCUAAAAGUGGAAGACAUGCAGUGGGCUAAUAGAGAACACACGCACCCAGCAUCUGUCUGCAGCCUGCCGUGCAAGCCAGGGGAGAGGAAGAAAACUGUGAAAGGGGUCCCUUGCUGCUGGCACUGUGAACGCUGUGAGGGUUAUAACUACCAGGUGGAUGAACUCUCCUGUGAACUCUGCCCUUUGGAUCAGAGACCAAACAUCAACCGCACAGGCUGCCAGAGGAUUCCCAUCAUCAAGUUGGAGUGGCAUUCACCCUGGGCCGUGGUACCAGUGUUCAUAGCAAUAUUGGGAAUCAUUGCCACCACCUUUGUGAUUGUGACCUUUGUCCGCUAUAAUGACACACCAAUCGUGAGAGCUUCUGGGCGGGAACUUAGUUAUGUGCUCCUAACGGGGAUCUUUCUCUGUUACUCGAUCACUUUUUUGAUGAUUGCGGCACCUGAUACAAUCAUCUGCUCCUUCCGAAGGAUCUUCCUAGGACUUGGUAUGUGUUUCAGCUAUGCAGCACUUUUGACCAAAACAAACCGUAUCCACCGAAUAUUCGAGCAAGGGAAGAAAUCCGUCACAGCACCUAAGUUCAUCAGCCCAGCAUCCCAGCUGGUGAUCACCUUCAGCCUCAUCUCCGUACAGCUCCUUGGAGUGUUUGUGUGGUUUGUCGUGGAUCCCCCUCACACCAUCAUUGACUAUGGAGAACAACGAACACUGGAUCCCGAGAAUGCCAGGGGAGUGCUCAAGUGUGACAUUUCUGAUCUGUCACUCAUUUGUUCAUUGGGAUACAGUAUCCUCCUGAUGGUCACUUGUACUGUUUAUGCCAUUAAAACCAGAGGGGUCCCAGAGACGUUCAAUGAAGCCAAACCUAUUGGAUUUACCAUGUACACCACGUGCAUCAUUUGGUUAGCUUUCAUCCCCAUCUUUUUUGGUACAGCCCAGUCAGCAGAAAAGGUGGAAGACAUGCAGUGGGCUAAUAGAGAACACACGCACCCAGCAUCUGUCUGCAGCCUGCCGUGCAAGCCAGGGGAGAGGAAGAAAACUGUGAAAGGGGUCCCUUGCUGCUGGCACUGUGAACGCUGUGAGGGUUAUAACUACCAGGUGGAUGAACUCUCCUGUGAACUCUGCCCUUUGGAUCAGAGACCAAACAUCAACCGCACAGGCUGCCAGAGGAUUCCCAUCAUCAAGUUGGAGUGGCAUUCACCCUGGGCCGUGGUACCAGUGUUCAUAGCAAUAUUGGGAAUCAUUGCCACCACCUUUGUGAUUGUGACCUUUGUCCGCUAUAAUGACACACCAAUCGUGAGAGCUUCUGGGCGGGAACUUAGUUAUGUGCUCCUAACGGGGAUCUUUCUCUGUUACUCGAUCACUUUUUUGAUGAUUGCGGCACCUGAUACAAUCAUCUGCUCCUUCCGAAGGAUCUUCCUAGGACUUGGUAUGUGUUUCAGCUAUGCAGCACUUUUGACCAAAACAAACCGUAUCCACCGAAUAUUCGAGCAAGGGAAGAAAUCCGUCACAGCACCUAAGUUCAUCAGCCCAGCAUCCCAGCUGGUGAUCACCUUCAGCCUCAUCUCCGUACAGCUCCUUGGAGUGUUUGUGUGGUUUGUCGUGGAUCCCCCUCACACCAUCAUUGACUAUGGAGAACAACGAACACUGGAUCCCGAGAAUGCCAGGGGAGUGCUCAAGUGUGACAUUUCUGAUCUGUCACUCAUUUGUUCAUUGGGAUACAGUAUCCUCCUGAUGGUCACUUGUACUGUUUAUGCCAUUAAAACCAGAGGGGUCCCAGAGACGUUCAAUGAAGCCAAACCUAUUGGAUUUACCAUGUACACCACGUGCAUCAUUUGGUUAGCUUUCAUCCCCAUCUUUUUUGGUACAGCCCAGUCAGCAGAAAAGAUGUACAUCCAGACAACAACACUUACUGUCUCCAUGAGUUUAAGUGCUUCAGUGUCUCUGGGAAUGCUCUAUAUGCCCAAAGUUUAUAUUAUAAUUUUUCAUCCAGAGCAGAACGUUCAAAAACGCAAGAGAAGCUUCAAGGCUGUGGUCACAGCCGCUACCAUGCAAAGCAAACUGAUCCAAAAGGGAAAUGACAGACCAAACGGCGAGGUGAAAAGUGAACUCUGUGAGAGUCUUGAAACCAACAGUAAGUCAUCUGUAGACUUUCAGAUGGUCAAGAGCGGGAGCACUUCCUAAUAGAUCUUCUUCUACCAAGACAACAUACAUCAGCUACAGUAAUCAUUCAAUCUGAACAGGGAGAUUGCACCAUCUGAAGGAAGGUGCUGUGUGUUCUUAAAUACUGAACAUGAGACUGCAAAAACGCACUCUGGGAGAUCUCCAUAGACUUCAAUCAAUCAGAUCAAUUGUCUCGUAAGGAACAAAAAUUAGCCAUGAGCCAAAAGUAUCCAUAUUGAGGAGCAAAGAAGCCCGUUUUUAUACAAUACAACCAAUGAGUGUCAAGCUAAAGUAUUGCUUACUUGUGAGCAGUUAUAAAAAAAACAAAAACAAAAACAAAUCUCAAACGGAAAACUAAUGUUAGCUUGUGAAAAAAAAUGCUGUUGAAAUAAACCAUGUCUGAUGUUAUUCUUGUAAGUAUUUUUCUGUGAUUGUGAGAACUCCUGUUCCUGUCCCACACUGUUCAACUUGUAUAAGCCUCUGAGUCUGUUUCUUGUACUGGCUGACUGGAUUGAAGCCCUGGGUUGUGCUACAAAAUAAAUGCAAUGAUUGAC